CUCAAAAUGUCUUCUCACUCACCAUUACAAAAUAUCUUCAUCUCAUCUCAUAUCACUAGAGAGAGCAAAUAACUUCAACAUGGCAGAAAGCCUUCGUUUGGCUGUUGCUGUUAUUGGAAAUGUUGCCUCAGUGUCCCUUUAUGCUGCACCAAUUGUUACUUUCAAAAGGGUCAUAAGGAAAAAAAGCACUGAGGAAUUUUCAUGUGUUCCUUAUAUCAUAGCAUUAUUGAACUGUCUCCUUUUCACUUGGUAUGGAUUGCCAGUAGUUAGCUACCAGUGGGAAAAUUUUCCUCUUGUUACUGUUAAUGGAGUUGGGAUUGUUUUGGAGCUAGCUUAUGUUCUAAUUUAUUUUUGGUAUUCUACACCCAAAGGAAAGGUGAAGGUAGCUAUGGUAGCUUUACCAAUUCUUCUAGGGUUCUGUGCCAUUGCUCUUGCAUCAGCUUUUGCCUUCCCUGAUCAUCGUCACAGAAAGUUACUUGUUGGUAGCAUUGGUUUGGGGGUUUCAAUAGCAAUGUAUGCUUCCCCUUUGAUUGUUAUGAAGAAAGUGGUACAAACAAAGAGUGUGGAAUUCAUGCCACUACCCUUAUCAUUGUGUUCAUUCUUAGCAAGUGUAUUGUGGCUUACAUAUGGACUUCUCAUUAGGGAUAUAUUCGUUGCGGGACCAAGUGUGAUUGGAACUCCCUUAGGAAUCCUACAGCUGGUUCUCCACUGCAAAUAUUGGAAAAGAAAAGUUGUUAUUGAAGAACCAAACAAAGUGGAUCUUCAUAAGCUUGGAAACCUCGAGAAUUUGGACAUGGAAAAGGGUGGUUUAGAAAAGGGGAAACUUGGAAAUGAAUGUGACAAAAACACAACUUGUGAUGUGUGACAAUGUUCUAAGACCUAAGAUGAUGAUUUUCACUAGUUUUUAUUAUGUUUGUUUAUUAAUUAACACCCCCUCCCCCUCCAAAAAAAAAAGUGAAGUUAUGUUCUUAUUAGUUACAUCUAAUUUGUUAAUGGAUGUAUUCAUUACAUAAAUUCAAGUUAGUUUGCUUCUUCCGUUAAAGUUAUAUUUUUGUCA